GUCAAGCUCGAAGUUCUAGAUGGCUGCGCCAUACCCAGAGCUGCCGUCACCACAUCGAGCUCCGGGUUCAUGAAUGGAUUUCUCUUUCUUGAGUGGCUGCGCUUUUUUUCGGCUAGCGUGCCCAAGGACGUGCAGCGACCUCUUCUCCUGAUUCUGGAUGGGUGUUCGUCUCAUUACUCCGUGGAGAUCAUGUUAGAGGCAGUUCGGCUUGGCGUGCUUCUGUUGUUGCUUCCUUCGAACGCGACCCACCUGCUUCAACCACUGGAUGUCGCUAUCUACGCUGGCGAGACUGGACGCAAUUCGGUCGACAAAGAGGAAGCCAUCCGGAUGGCAAGCACAGCAUGGGUAGGAUGCAAGAUGGGUGAGAACGUCAAAGCGGGGUUUGCUGGGUGCGGCCUUUUCCCUCCGUCCAAGCCUCGUAUGGACAUGUGCAUCGACAAUUUCCGGCGCAACGGGACCCCCGCAUCUACGAAGCUGGCAGUGUGGCUCCGGAUCAAGGAGGUCGUACAGAAGGAGGUGCUCGUGCUACCGCCGUCCAAGAAGCGGGUGCGCAAGACAGCAACGGUCGCCGGUCGUCUUUUGACCAAGGAAACACUGGAAGCGAUGGCACAACCGAUGAAGAAGCCCAAGAAG